AUGCAAUUACUACAGUUUGGAAUCAUCAGCUUGAUAGCAACAGGUACAGUUCAGUCACUUUUUAUACCCCGGAACCAAGAUGAGUUUGAGUUGAUCACAACCAAAACCAACGUCAAUGACUUGCUUAAAAAGUACCCCAAGGGAAAAGUACUCGAUGAUAUAGACAACCCAAAAGAAAAGGUAUUUGUUUAUGAUGUUGAAACUGUGGUGCUGAAGUUAGCCAAAUGA